UUUAUAGUUCUAUUUUACAUAACAAGUCAGUUCAUGGCAUGGAAUAUGGCUUUGGAGCCCAUGACUACCCAACAAGUGGAGUGUUUGAGGUAGAACCCAGAGGCUGUCCUGGCUUUAUCUACAGACGUACUGUGUGGUUGGGCACCACUGACAUGCCUCCAGAUGAGUUCCGAUCAUUCAUCGAACAACUUUCCCGAAAGUAUCACGGUAACACGUACAAUUUGAUAGCGAAAAACUGCAAUCAUUUCACUAAUGACGUCUGUAUGCACCUGACCGGAAAGCCUGUUCCAGGAUGGGUGAAUCGGCUCGCCAGAAUUGUUUCAGGCUCUUUGUGCAAUUGCAUUCUACCAGAAAACAUUAAUGUCACAACUGUCAGGCAUUUAACUGAUUACCCAGCAUUCUCAGAAGAUGGAACGGGUUCAUAUGCUUCAACCUUGGAAGUGAGUGAUGACGAGCAACUGGAUCAUCACUUGCUCACAGCUUCCAGCAGUGACCAGCCACUUUCAAAAGAGAAGCCAUUAAAGCUGACAAGAGAGAAAUUUUGACGCCUCUGUUUCUCAUAGAAUGCAUUUCUUUACUUGUCAAUUCUGUGCCUUCCUGUAUAAAUAAUGUCAGUUCUGCUCCUUACCAACCUUUUUUGCAUGAAGAUUGAAAGGCUUUUACCUGAAUUUUCUCUUCCUGGGUGGGCCUGCAAUUUGCAGUUGUUGGAUUGGUGUUCUGAUUGUUUUUAUUGGUAUUGAUUAAUUUCAAUCGCUCUGUUUUUCUUUUUAUU